CACAUUAACAUAGCAUCAUACAGCGGUUACAGAUUAAUAGAGACAACUAGUACAAACCACUUUAGUCUGGACUGAAAAGCAUCGUAUCAGCUUCAACUGCACAGCGGGGAGUGUGUAUGUGUUUAUGUGUUGAGUUGCACCCUUUACCUCGGGGUGGGAGCAGAGGGAAGGUGACACGUCUCCUGAAUAUAAAUGUAGCAGAAGUUAUGCUCCGAGCGAUGACAGUGUACACUAUACUCGCCCAGGAACGUGCAACCUUUUCCCAAGGUCACAGCUCGCCGCCGGGCCCGGAUCUCUACCAAAGCAGCAGCAGCACCCUCUCAUUUGUCACUCGCCAUCCAAUUUAACAUGGCAACUCGAUGGGGACUGUGCGGUGCGGGGAAGAUCAGCCACGACUUCAGUGUGGCCAUGAAGACUCUGCCUCCCGGAGACCACCAGAUAGCAGUUGUUGCCUCACGAAGCUUAGAGCGUGCCCAAGAAUUUGCGAAGAAACAUGGCAUUCCGAAAGCUUAUGGCAGCUACGAAGAGCUGGCCAUCGAUCCAGACAUAGACAUUGUUUACAUAGGAGUUCUUCAUACACAGCACUGGAAAGUUGGUCUGCUCUUCCUCAAAGCUGGCAAAAAUGUGCUAUGUGAGAAACCCUUUGCCAUGAAUAGUAGACAAGUGCAAGACCUGGUCGCAGAAGCUAAACGAAGCAAUGUGUUUCUUAUGGAGGCGAUCUGGUCCCGUUGUUUCCCCGUGCAUGCUGAGGUGCGCAGACUGCUGGCAGAGGAGGCGGUCGGGGAGGUGAAGCUGGUCAAAGCCUAUUUCGGCUCCCCUCAGCUGCACAUCCCCCGGUCUGUAGAGAAGGAGCUGGGAGGAGGAGCUCUGUUAGACAUUGGAGUGUACUGCCUGCAGUUUGUCCUGAUGGUGUUCAGAGGAGAGAGGCCACUGUCCAUACAGGCCAGUGGUGUGCUGUUAGACUCAGGAGUGGAUGAGUCAGUGGUAGUUGCACUGAAGUUUUCCAGGAACAGAAUGGCCUUCUGUGCAUUUUCAAUUUCUGCCCAUCUUCCAAAUGAUGCUGUUAUCUGUGGCACAGAGGGCUCCAUUAAAGUCCUUGGGCCUAUGCACUGUCCUACCACACUGGUGGUCAAUGACAAAGAGACUGAAUACCCUCUGCCUGAGCCCUGCCUGCCCAUGAAUUUCACCAACAGCACUGGGCUGCGCUAUGAGGCUCAGGAAGUCAGACAGUGUCUCCUUAAAGGACUGAAGGAGAGCCCAUUGAUGCCACUGGCAGAGUCUGUUCUACUGACGGAAAUCAUGGAUGAAAUCAGGAAGCAGGUGGGAGUCGUCUUCAGCCAGGACAACCAAUGACAGCACAGCAGAGCCAAACUGUUUCACCUGAUUUAAAGCCACUGAAAUGGAACAGAAUUGGCACAGUUUAAAUAUUUGGUUUGAGCAGAUGAGAGACAGAGCUCAAUGUGUUAGUGAACCAGGUGCUACAUGAUGCACACUGGAUGAAACAGAGGAUGACAAUAUACAGAUGCAACCUUGUGUAUUAUAAUUACACCAGGAAACAGUUCUUUGGUAGAAAGUGAAACACACAUUUAAUCAGUGGACUACAGUAACAGGUAAAGAAAUGAUGAUUUUUUUUU